AUGCCCAUGAGGCAGACGCUUGAAAAAUACUUAGACUGGUUCAAGUCAGGAGUUAAAGAAAUUGUUGCCGCAAAUGACACAAGUGGCUACCACUCAACGAUCAUAGGUGAUGGGAAUCCAAGUUUGCUCUUCGAUAACCGAAUAUGGAGACGUGACCCUGCCAAUGAUCCAGAAUCUCUUGAACCACGAUUUACAAACGCGGAUGCAAUAUUUCAUUUAAACCCAAAAGCGAAAAUAAUUGCCAUUCUAAGAGAUCCUGUAACAAGGCUGAUCUCUGAGUACAAUUAUUUUAAAGAAGACAGAGAGGAGAUACAGUCCGCUGCAAACUUUCAUAAUCUGAUUGUGAGAAACACAAAGGAGCUUCGCGAUUGUAUGAACAACCAUACGCCGCGCUAUUGCUUAUAUUCGUUUAGUAGUGAUGAAUAUUGGCAUAAAACCGGGCGAGUCAAUGUCGGCCUAUAUGCCGCACAUCUUAAGGAGUUCUACCGUGUGUUCCCACCGGAGCAAGUCCUUGUACUGUCAAUGGAGGCAUGCGGCAGUGAUUACACCAGUUGUUUGGGGAAGACCCUUAACUUUCUAGAACUAGAGCCGAUCGAUUCCAUGGCCAUUGGUCAGAAAGUGGAAACGAAGACAAACAAGACGAGAUUGAACGCAUCCAAAGUUUCCGUUCCUGUGUGGAAUUCUACCAUACAACUUUUGAAAGACUUUUAUAAGCCAUAUAAUGAAGAGCUGACCAUGCUCCUAGGAUCUGAGUUCAACUACAAUUAAUCAUGAAAGAGUAUUUUUGGUUCACCUCUCAAUCUCCAACUGCCUGCCUUUCGCCCCCACCACACUCUGACUUCCGCUGGUCAUCACAGCAUCUGGUUGUACUUAGGAAGGUUACUUGACUGUUUGGUCACUACCAGGUUGCCCACUAGACUGCCCUAGCACACCCUAGGUCUGAUUCCCCUUGUAGAAUAUUGAAGCUCUUCCCACCAGGAAGUGUGCCGUUAGCUUGUAUGUUCUGCCCUGGUUCAGCUAUUUUCAGGUGUGUGUUUUUUUCAUUCUCCUGUAAUAGAGUGUUUGUUUUAUAAACCCAAGCAUAUGCACUUUUAGUUUAAGGAAAAUAUGCACUUACCUCGUAAAUAUCUUUUAUUCAUUGCUGUUUUUGACCAAUGGCAAAUUAACCUGAUAACCAGCAAUAACCCGAUGUUCCGUGCGCGCUAGUCCUGUCUGACUUUUGCCCCUGCCAAGUGAUAUGCUUAUGUAUUCAUGUUUAAAUGGCUAAGGAUUGUCGCUACCACAAAUCUAAAGGUGUUUAUUAUCAGAUUGUUUUUGUUAUUUAUAUUAUUAAUGUUUGCUCACAGUUUGUAUUAUUUGAGUAAAAACACAGUUCACCAAUAAUUUUAUUCCGGUGUAAGUCAUCAUUUUUCCGAUAUUUUAGUUAUUGUUAUUUCGUUCGUGGUGGA